AACGAGCAAUGUAUUGUGAAUUUACAUACAAGAAACAAAUUAAAUUACAAAUUUGAGUUGACAAAUUGAGGAAAAUCAAGAAAGCAAACCAUUUUUUAAGAACAAAUUUAGCAGACUCCUUCGUUAUGCCCAUGGUGGUAAACCUGUCUUAAAUAUUGUGUUUCAAGAAAUUACAUAUCCAAGUGGCUUUUUGGCAAAUGACGCCAUUUCAAUAACCUUUUAUUUUAGGCGGGGAGUUAUUAAUUUUCUAAGUGAAAAACUAUUUUGAAAACAUUCAUUUUGAGAACAUAAAACGUUGUAAUAUUCAUAGAAACAAUACGGUGUAAUAUGUUAUGAAUUUUUAUCACGGAAUUAAACAAACGUGCCUGGCUUACGUUCGUGAAUUACUUUUUAAUUUGUGUCUCGGUAAAGCGGUUUAUUUUUCAAGUUACCUCAAUAUUGACAAUCGGACAAAGCCGGUCUCAGCAUCCUGCAUCCAGUAGUAAAGAGGAAUGGGAGAUGUGGAGGGAAGCCGGUUGAAAUCAGAAUGUACAUCAUCGUCAAAUCAAACAAUUGCCACAUGUGAAAUGGUAAACUAUCCACAAUGGCCACCUACAAUCGAAGAUGCAGUCGAAGAUCCCAAACUCGAAGAUCCAACGACAGUCUCCGACGACGAUCUUUUAAAUUCGACAAUACGUAAACGAAAGAAAAGUGAAUGUGACGAUUUUCUGGGGUUCAAAAAACAUUGUAUCGACGAAGCAACCGAUAUGUAUCGCAAAUGCUUAAAAUAUUCGAAUACUUUUGAUAUCAAAUUAGAAAAUGGUUUCGAGGAAACAUUACCCGCAGCUCAGUCAUCGAGAACGAAAUCAGAAUAUGCACAAUAUUUAGGUUUACAACCAACGGUGAAAUUUAAGUGUAUUAAAUGUUCCACAUCCAAUUUUCCAACACUAACGGCGUUAAAUAAACAUCUAGAAAAAUGUGAAAAUCAAUCGACAUCAUCUAAACUAAACACCGCGGAAGAUGAUGGCCAUCAAACUUCGACUCCAAAUGAUGCAGACGAUUCGAGUGUAACAAAACCACCAUCAGGAGCUUCUUCGUCGAAUUCAACAAACUUUAAAAUCACACGACGCGUAUAUUUAUGUUCGGCAUGUGGAGUUUAUUUCGAAAUUUGGAAAUUAUUUCUACACAUGCGUACUGCUCAUCGACGAUAUAUCUGUUUAAUAUGUUUAGGUUUAUUUUCUAUUGCCGAAAAACUUUCCAAUCAUCUAAUCGUAAAACAUAACAUCUUAGCGAAAAACUACGAUAAUUUAACAAAUUUCUUUCACGAUUUUACGGGUCAAAAUUUUAUUAUGUGUUGUCAGUGUGAGAAAAUGUUUACAGAAAAGGAUAAUUUUGUUGAACAUAUUUGUGAAGUUAAUGGAAAUAGUCAGCCGGCUACGGCUACAUCAUCUACAAAUGUUAUGAAGAAAAUUACCCCUCCAAAACUAUCAGAAACUCCAAAAAUUAAUUCUUCACCAGUAAAUAAAAUAAAUUUGAAAUUAAAAAAUAAAAUUUUACCUAGUGAACAUGUAACAGCGGAUACGCAAGAAGAGGAUGCUACCACAUCUGAUAAUGGUAUCCAAGAAAAAACUCCUGAUAUCGAACCUGAAAAUCCAAUCAUUGAAAACACAUCAAAAAUUGAUGAAUCAAAAAUUAUUACAUCACCGUCUUCACCACAACCCGAAACAAAAGAACCAGAAGAAAUGAAAAAUUUGGUAAAUUCCCCUGUAAAUAAAAUGGAAAUAGAAGAAAAUGAAAAUUAUAUGGGAAAUAGUGAAAUAAAAAAUGAUGUGACAAAAACUGAUAAUAAAAAUGAGGUUAUGUUAACUGAAUCCACACCUGAUGAAGAAUUACGACGUGUUCCAAAAGUGACGUUAAAAAUACCAAAAAGUGAUGAAAAUUAUGUGGACAAAUGUGUGGAAAGUGAUACAGAUAGUGAUGAUAGUUUUAAAUUAACAAUGGAAAUUGAAUCGAAUAAAAAAUGUGAAAGUUUUCCAAUUGCGGACACGGAUAUACCAAUUGUUGAACUCGGUUUACGACCAUCAUUAGAUAAAAUUACGAUACAAAGUUUAUUAAAAGAUUUUAUACGGGCAACAUGUUACACGUGUAUUUAUUGUAAUUACGCUCGGAAAAUCGCUGUUAACGGAAAACAAUUAGGUUUACAUAUGAUUGCUGAGCAUCGUUUUUCCGCGACAGCGGAUAGUAUAACCGCUGAAGAACUUUUACCGGAAACAUUUGUUAAACAUAUUCAGGAUAAUUUCGAGGAUUUAAGUAAAUUAUAUUUUAACCUAGAAAGUUAUGAUAAUUCUGAUUCGCAAGGUAUGAUCCCGUAUGAUCGGACUUAUGAAUGCUUUCAAUGCCGAUUCGUAACAACGGUUCACAAAGAACUGUAUCUACAUAAUCGAAAAAUGCACCAGAAAACGUUACUUUUGUGUAUAAUGUGUAAGUCUACUUUUUAUAGCUACAGUGAAUUAUUGUGUCAUCUCUGUCCGGGAGUUUAUCUAGGGGAUGUUAGUGUGUUAUUUCGGUGUUGUUUAUGCCCAAUUGACAGUUUACCAUCAGCGUUUCGAUUAAUGGUUCAUCUUCGAAAACGCCAUCAUGCAUGUGAUGUUUGUCUCGAGACAUGUAACUCCCAAUCAAAACUUUCGAAUCACGUUUGGAAGCAUAAACUUCAUCAUCUUUGUUAUCGAUGUGGCAUUGCUUAUCGCAAUAAACCAGAUAUCACGAAACACUUAUUCUGGAAACAUGGAACCGAAAGUGUGCUUUGUAAGAAAUGCUUACAAAAAAAAUGGCCCCAUGUGUAUCAUUUUUGUAUACCGCCAACGAGUUUUCUAUGUGAUGAAUGCAAUAAAGUUUUCUCAACGGCUGUUGCGUUAAAAGUUCACAAACGACUGCAUAGUAACGUAAAACCAUACACGUGUACGGAACCUAAUUGUACGGAGGCGUUUAUUUCGAAAAAAUUGUUAGGGAAACAUUUAUUAGCACAUCAAGAGCCUAAUAUACCGGCUACGACGCCCUUAGAGAGUGAUGAUAUUGAUGUACAGGAUGAGGAAGAACCAGUUACAAAUGUUUCAGUUGUACAAGAAACUUCUGAAAAUGUGGAGGUAGCUAAAGAUGAAAAACCUGCUGAAGAAGAGGCUCCUAAAGUUAUUAAAGAUGUUCUUGAUUUACCUGCGUUAAAUUUAUCAGAAAGUUCUGAUUCAGAUUCUGAAGAUGAUGCUCCAAGUCAACCACCUCCUAGAGAAACAAAGCAAGAAGAAAUUCUUCUAUCAGAAGAAUCGGAUAAUGUUGUACCACCACCAGUUGUUAUAGAAAAUAUUUGGGAUAAUUUUAAAAAUUAUCAAGCUUCGGUAGAGAAACGUAAUUUAUCACCAGUUACUGCUGAAACAGAUGUACAAAAAGAAAGCGACGCAACAAACUUAGCAUUUUUAUUAGAGGUAAUUAUGAGCGAUCAUGAUUAUUGUGCACCAGAAGGUCAACAGCCAGCUGAAGAACAUGAAAUAAAGACUGAGAAAGACGAAUGCUGUGAUUCGAAGAAUGAAAAGGAGACCACGACCAAAGCGGCUAGUGACAGUAGCAGUGAUAGUGAUUCUAGUUCUUGUAGUUGUGGUUCAAAUUGUAGUUGUAGUAGUUCUAGUUCUAACGAUAGUUCAUCAAGUUCGUCGUCCAGUUCGGAUUCAGAUAGUUCAAGCUCUGACGAUGGUCAACGAAGUACUAGAAAACAAAAGCGUAAAGAACGUAGUAAACCUAAAAGUAAACAGAAAAUUAGUGAAACAUCGUCAAAUAUUGACGUUGUACACGUAGAAGAUGUACACGGUGUCCAACAACAAUCACCACCCCCUAGUAUCCCUGUAGCACCCCCAGUAAUACCCGAUAUUCCAAUAUACGAAUCAGAUUUAUUCACUGAUGAAAGCGAAACAGAUGAAGACUUCUAUGAUGAGUGUCCUCAACUUUUAGCGAAAAAAUUAAUUGAAGAAAAAAAGAAUCAGUUAUUACUGGAUGUUGGAGGACCUCCAUUAUCUGCAAUAAACGGUACAAGUUUCCUAGAAACUUCUCGAUCAUCAACACCUAAUUUACCCGUCGAAGAACAUCAAAACUUGAUGAUUAAGUUAAAGAAACCAAAAAAUAAAUCAAAGAAACGUAAACGUAGUCAAAAGAAACUAACACUAUCGACGUCAUCUCCAAUUCGACCUAGUGCAGAAGCGGUGCUACCUCCGUUAAAAUUAAACAUUCCUUCAUCAUUUUAUAAAUCAUCACCAAAUUCUCAAAACAUGAUGUCAUCUUCAACACCUAACACAACAAUUCCAACGAUACCAUCUUCAGGGCCACCUGUUGCAUUACCUCCAAGCGUACCUACAACACCCGUUACAUUGUCCUUAUCAACUUCGUUGUAUAAUAGUAACACGGGUAGUGGAUCGGAAACGGACAGUACGUUACGGCUAUCGAAACGACGGCGAGUACCCAAUAAGUUUUAUGGGUAUUCAAGUGACGAAGACCAACCGUCUUCGGCUCAUCAACAACAACAACGAUUAUUAAAUAAAUUAGCAAUAUCGACAGAACCACCACAGUUACAAUGGAAUAAAGAGGAUUUACCAUCUCCGCGAAGCAGCAAUGUUCCAGAAACACCCCCAUAUGUACCUGCACCUAUUAUAUGGAAUACUAAAAUUGCAACCACACCCCCGGUACCACCGAUAGUUCUAAAUACUCCACCAGCUCCAACGCAACAAGUUGUACCACCUAGUUCUAGUUCAAGUGAAAGUGAUGCUCCAGAUAGUGAUGACGAUGAACAACGUUUACACAUUAGUCAUUCACCACCUCCAGCAUUACCUAGUGUAACUGUACCAUCAACUCCAAUCCAACCUAGUGCACCACAAAUAACGCAUCCACCUCCGACGAUGCUAUCACUAAAUACAGCUCCACGUCCUACCGAAAACUUAUAUUGCUAUUGCCAAUGUCCUUACGACGAAGUUUCAGAGAUGAUUGCAUGUGACGGAAAGAAAUGUGCAAUUGAAUGGUUUCAUUUUGAGUGUGUGGGUAUCAUGGUACCACCGAAAGGUAAAUGGUUUUGUCCCGAUUGUCGGAAACAAACCACGUCUUCGUCAUCAUCAUCACAAUCACAAUCUACGACUCAACUGCCUCAACAGUUGCCGCCACAACCUCAAAGACCUGAAUAUUUUAUGUCACAGUAGAAAGAAUGGACUGUUAAAACAAGGAUACGAUCUUUUGAUAAUUCGUGUCUGGUAUAUCGGGUGUGUUAGGUGAAAAGUUACACGGCAUUGGGUUUUGAGAAAUUUUAAAUUCCAUUAAGAAAAUUCAUGUUGAUAUAUUUUUAAGAAAUUCAGAGAGGUAUAAUCAGGGUCCAAAAAAUGUGUUAAGUAAUUAGCAAAUAACGUGCAACUCAACUCCUAGUUACAUUACGUAAAGACAGUUGAAUAGCUCUUGGUUGGAGUGGAAUAUCUCAAAAAUUAAUUGGAAAUUUGAACGACACACUGAGUAAAAAUUGAGCCAAUUUUAGGGUAAAUUUCUGGAAUUUUUCUAAGGUUUUUUUUUUUGUAACUAACACUCAUUUGACAUGUCUGCAAAUUGCACUUAGUUAAUUACUUAGAAUAAACUUCGUGGCCUUGAUAAUUUUCUAUUCAUAAUUC